AUGGGGAAGAGCAGCACAACCCCCAGCAUUUCCUCACCACUGUCUGAGUCGACAGCAGGCAGUGAGAGGUUGCAGAAGGAGAUUCAGGAGGCUGCUGCACUGUGGCUGAAGGUGGAGUUUUGCCCAGGACAGGAUGGAGAUGGUGUGGCUGUGUAUGGUGCUGAUGCCCGUGAACUCAUGAACCCGCACAAGAAUGAGGCUGGGAGGAAGGCUCUCCUGGCCCAUACGAAGGUGGAGUGCAACUGCCAUGGUGUGUCGGGCUCCUGUGAGGUGUGCACAUGCUGGAAGGUCAUGCCUGCCUUCUGCAAGGUGGGCAAUGUCCUCAAGGAAAAGUUUGAGGGGGCAACAGAGGUUCACCCCAAGUGGGUCGGUUCCCACAAACUCCUGGUGCCCAAGAGCUCUCGCUUCAAGCCCUACACAGCUCAUGACCUGGUCUACCUGUUGGCCAGCCCAGACUUCUGUGACUGGGACCCCUGGUGUGGGGUCUUUGGCGCCUCUGUCCAGUAGUGCAACCGGACAUCGUUGGCCAUGGACGGCUGUGAGCUCCUGUGCUGUGGCAGGGGCUUCCACACGGCACAGGAGGAGGUGGUGGAGCGGUGCAGCUGCAAGUUUCACUGGUGCUGCUCUGCCAAGUGCAAGCAGUGCUGGCACCUGGUGUGGUGGAGGUGCACAGCUGCCACCGAGGGGGAGCACACUGGGGUGGGGGGAGGCUUCCAGGGCACUGCAAGGAAGCUCGGGAGAGAACAGCCUGGGGAGAGACAUGAGUAA